CGUGCGGGCGAGUUGGGAGGUGAGAGAAAUGCCGCGCGUUUACAUCGGCAGGCUGAGCUACCAGGCCCGGGAGCGCGACGUGGAGCGUUUCUUCAAGGGUUACGGGAAAAUCCUGGAGGUGGACAUCAAGAACGGAUAUGGCUUUGUUGAAUUUGAUGAUCCUCGUGAUGCAGAUGAUGCUGUUUAUGAGCUGAAUGGUAAAGAGCUUUGUGGGGAAAGAGUAAUCGUUGAACAUGCUAGAGGUCCACGAAGAGACGGCGGUUACAGUUCUCAACGUAGUGGUUAUGGUUAUAGAAGAUCUGGAAGAGACAGAUAUGGACCUCCAACUCGUACAGAAUAUAGGCUAAUUGUGGAAAAUUUAUCUAGUCGUUGCAGCUGGCAAGAUUUGAAGGAUUAUAUGCGUCAAGCAGGUGAAGUAACAUAUGCAGAUGCUCAUAAAGGAAGAAAGAAUGAAGGCGUGAUUGAAUUUAAGUCUUACUCAGAUAUGAAGAGAGCUCUUGAAAAAUUGGAUGGUACAGAAGUUAAUGGCAGGAAAAUCAGAUUGGUUGAAGAUAGGCCUUCAUCACGGCGACGACGCUCAUACUCCAGAAGCCGAAGCCGCUCAAGGUCUCGUUCUCCAAGCAGAAAUCGCUCGCACUCUCAUAAGAGUCGAAGCCGCAGUGGAAGCACUAAAAGCAGCCGGUCCCGAUCACGCUCUGGUACACACUCCCGGAGCAAGAGUGGAAGCAGAAGCAAAAGUCGAAGUGUGAGCAAGAACAAAACCAAAAGCAGGAGCAGAAGUAAAGAGAAGAAAAUCAGAGCAAGUAGUAGGAGUGGAAGUGAGGAGAAAAGUAGGAGCAGGAGUGUUGAACAGGUUAAAGACGACAACGCAGAAGAGAAAACUGAGAGCAGAAAUGAAAACGGGGAGAAAGAGAGGAGUGUUAGCAAAGAGAAGAGUAGAAGUCGAAGUAAGAGUAAAGAUGGAGAGAAAACUGGUAGCAGAAGUAGAAGCAAAGAGAAGGGUAAAAGUAAGAGUCGGAGCAGAAGUAAAGAGAGGAGUAAGAGUAGGAGCCAGAGCAAGAGCAAGGAGAAAAGAAAGGGCAGGAAGAGAAGUAGAAGUGAGAGUAGGAGCAGGAGCAGAAGUCGGAGCAAGAAUGAGAAGAGCAGAAGGCGUAGCAAACGUGACUGCAAGACUAAAAGUACCAGUAAGAGCGGGAAAAGAAAAAGUGACAAAGAACAAUCUAGAUCUAGGUCAAGAUCAGAAUCAAAGGAAAAGGAGGAAAAGACUAGAAUUGUUGAAACAGAAGCUGUGGGUGAUGGUGCGGAAGUGGACGGGGAAUCGGAUGUUAACGAACAGACAAAGUCCAGGCUUGCCUCUCGUUCUAGGUCAAGGUCCAGGUCAAAGGCCAAAUCUAAAUCUCGUUCCAGGUCUAAAUCGGUCUCCAAAACCAGGUCACGUUCAAAGUCAUGUUCACCUUCCCGUUCUGUGUCAAGAUCAGUGUCUCGUUCUAGGUCCAGGUCACGCUCAAAAUCCUAAAUUUCCCCCCUGUUCAUUUUGUAUGAAAACAUUAACAGAUUUUUUUUCUGGCAGGUCUGUCGUUAGCUGUACCACAGAUAAUGCAAACAAUAGACACUGAGAAGCUGUACAUUUUUCAAAUUAGAUAAAAUGUAUUUAGUGCUAAAUUAAAAUUUUAUGAUGGCCCUGUACUGUCAGGAGGAUUCUUAGGUAGGUAUGCUGUGUGCCGAUUAAUGGUGCCCAUCAUUACUGGUGUUGUUGAAAAUGUAUAAUGAAGUCUUAAGUUACAUUCAUUUGUAUAACACUUCUUUCUGAUGUUGUGGACUUCCUAGCCAAAAACAUAGCAAAUUGUAAAGUUUUGCCAAUACAGCGUAAUCAAAAUGUAGAGAUUCCCUGUCCCCCCUCUGUUGUAAGGAAUAGCUUUCUUUGCCUGUGUUUCUGCUUCUUUUCAGCUGGAUAACAUGCAUUGCAUUUUCUUUGGUUUGAUUCAAUAAAAUGCAAAUAAAUGUC